AUGAAUGACCCAGAUGACAAAUUACAAGUUGUUAUGCACAAUGAAGAUUUGCAGAGAUUAGUAUUAUACGAUCCUAAUAAUCAGUCAUUAAUAGUUAGAGAGGAUAAUAACGAAUCUCUUAGAUUAAAAUCAAGACAGUUAUUGCAACAGCAGCAGAUCGAAGAUGCCAAUAAUGUAUAUUCUCCAAUAAUCCCAUCACCAACCUUAAGAAACCAACCAUUGCUCCCUAUAUCAAGAUUAAACAAUAGUGGUAAUACACCAACGCAAUUAAAUCAUAAUCAUAAUACAAGUGGCACUUUACAAUCACUAUCUCCACAACAUCAAGUAUUACCUCCAGCAACUACAACCACAAAUACCGGUGCCCCUGGUUGCUGCCCACUAUGCAAAAGAAGCUUUACACCAGGAUCUCCUCCAGGUUUAUCCAAAAUGAAUAGUAAUGGUAGUUUAGAUCUUGCACCAUUCAACUCGUCACCCUAUUAUCGUUCACCAAUUACAACCCAACCAUAUAUAUCUAGAGACUAUUUCUUAUUAUUAGGUUCAGCUGCAAAUAAUGAAAAUAACAACAAUGGCAAUGCUGAUCAACAUCAAACAUCACCCCCAGUUGGAGGAUUAGGAAGUGAAUUUUUAAACAUUGGAUAUUAUAAAAAAUUCUUUAAAGAAGAUGUUAAAAUUGGUUCGGGUGGGUUUGGUUCGGUUUAUUUAUGUAGACAUUUAAUUAAUGGCGUUGAUUUGGGAGAAUUUGCUGUAAAAAAAGUACCAGUAGGCGACAAUAUACCAUGGUUAUUUAGAGUAUUAAAAGAAGUAAAAGCAUUAGAAACCCUUACAAAGCAUAGAAAUAUUAUCAACUACAAACACUCUUGGCUCGAGUAUGACCAACCUGCAGAUUUUGGACCAAAAGUACCAUGUCUUUAUAUUUUAAUGGAAUAUGCAAAUUAUGGAAAUUUACAUGACUAUAUGAAUGAAAAAAGGGAAACCAUGCCAGAGAAUGAAAUUUGGAGUUUUUUCAUUGAUUUAUGCCAUGGUAUUGGAUAUUUACAUCACUCUGGAAUUAUACAUAGAGAUUUAAAACCACCAAAUAUUUUAAUUCAUCAAAGCUACGACUCAAUAUCAGAUAAACAAGUUACCCAUUUAAUGAUUAGUGAUUUCGGUACAUGCGAUACAAUAUCACCCAAAGCAUUCAAAGAUAAUUUAAUGAAAAGAACAGGUAACACAGGUACUACAGAAUAUAUUGCUCCAGAACUAUUACAAAAGAAUGAACGAGGUGAAUUCUCCGUAGACUAUGAUGAAAAGUGUGAUGUAUGGUCGCUAGGUAUUUUGUUGUAUCAAAUGGCAUAUGGAACACUUCCAUACAAAUAUUCAGGUAAUCCAUUUGCUGAUGAAGAUCCAAAUAGAUCUAUACCCGAUUUGGUCGAAGAAAUUGCACAAUUUAAUAAUACAAGAUUAGUUUUUCCACAAUCACCUCCACGUUCAAGAGAUCUUAAAGAUAUGAUUACUAUAUUAUUACGUGCAGCUCCCCAUGACCGUCCAACUAUUUCACAAAUUCUCUCUACUCAAUUCAUGCAAACCAAAACCAAAUAUUUUACAUUGCACCCAAUUCAUAUAGUUUCCACUGGCACAAGGAAAUCAAAACACACCCAUCAUUCUAAAAUUCGUACAAAGAAAUCAAGUGACUCUGACCACACACGUAUAUCACCAAUCAGAAGAACAUUGGUUAAAGAAGAGGAUGACGACAUUGGUGGAGAUAUAGUAGCAACCACUGCUAUUGUAAACAAUGUAAUAGACGAUGAUGAUGGCUCUGCCAACUCUGAUAGUUUAAUUUCAUCAUCUUCCGAAUCAUCAUCUUCAGAGGAUGAUAAUGAUGAUCAUUCAUUCAAAACCACCAAUAAAAACAAAAGCAAUAUCGAAAAAAAGAAUAGAACCUCACCAACUUAUGGUCUUCAACAUAGAACCAAAAGAAGUAUUUCCACAAGUAAUAAUAUAGCUACAUCAAGAAAACUUUUACCUCUUGAUGCACCUCGUAGUGGCAGAUUUAGAAGAGCUGCCAAUGUUAUUCAAAGAAAUGUUGGUUCAUCUUCGGUUCAUCAAGCAUUCUAUAUGCUUCUGGCAUUUUUCCAAAUUUGGCUAUGUUUUGAUCAAUGUUCCACCCAUCCCAACUCAUAUCCAAGCGCUACCCUGCUAUACCCAUUGCUUUUAUUAUCUUUAAUCCCAAUUUUGGUCUCUAAUCAAUUGCAACUUAACAACCAAAACAAUAUACUACAACAGCAACAACAAAUGCAAUCACAACCACAAUCUAUUUUAAAUAAUGCCAGCUCCGCUGCAUUAUUAUGUACAGCCAAUAAUAGAAAAUUUAUUAAAAAAGUCAAUACAACCAUCUCAAUAAUUAGAUUCAUAUAUUAUGUUAUCAUUUCAUUAUUAUUACCAAAAGAAGUUAGUUGCAAAUCCACAUCACCCGAAGGUCUAGCCUCAAUUCUACCACCUAUUGCCGACUAUGUAGUCUUUCCUCUAAUCUCUUUGUUUAAGAACCUUACUUUAUUAAUAAUUAAUUUAAUUUUUAUAUAUUAUAGAGAUUAA